UAGACUAUACGAUAUUUUUUUGUAUGCAGUUCCGUCUUUUGUCUAUGGUAGUGUUUAAAUUCUCUUUGGGUGAUAUGACAUAGGUAUUUUGUUUUGAAUAUUUUUAAUGCUAAGAUGUUUCGUUUGAUGACGACUAAUGUGAUAGAUGCUAUAAAGGUUGUAUGUAUUUUGAGUUUAUUAAGAUAUUUAAAUACAUAUUGGUAUCUCAAAUGUUGUGUAUUUGCUUAAUUAACAUAGUAAACUAUUUUAAUAGUCUAACGUCAACGUGAAAGGGAAUUCUUCAAUGCCUUAUCUUUCGUAAUAUAAUGAUGUAAGUAUUAUGUUUACAGAAUAAUGACACAAUUAAAGCUUUUUGUGGGCGUUGUGUCUCAAAAAUCAUAAGAUGUGUAUAAAAUAUUUCUUUAUAUAUUUCUGUAUGUGUAUCUGUAUUUCAAAGUCAGUAGAAAAACAGGAAAAUGAAGUAAGUGAUAAUUCUCUUACGUUAAAACAAGUAGUGAUAUUAAGCAGACAUGGAUUAAGAAGCCCUUUGUCGAAAUACCUCAAUCAAAUGACCCCAAAGAAAUGGCCAAGCUGGAAAGAGAAGCCGGGCUACCUUACAGCUAAGGGUAGUAUUUUAGAAGGUUACAUGGGCAAAUUCUUUGGUGCCUGGUUUAAUAAAAAAAAUUUGAUACAUAGACAUUGUCCUACAGAAGAUUCAUUUUAUGCUUAUGCUAAUAUCAAACAGAGAACUCUAGCUUCUGCUAAGGCUUUCGUUGAUAACGCCUUUCCUUAUUGCAAUAUUACAAUACAUCAUUCAAACACCAAUGAAGAUCCAUUAUUCAAUCCUGUCUUACAUAAUACAUCUUCGAUAUUUCGGCAAUUAGUCAUAGAAGAAAUGGAAAACAAGCUGAAAAAUUUAAAACUUAAUAGUUCAUAUGAAUUCUUAGAAAACAUUCUUGAUUAUGAGAAUUCUGAUUUAUGUAAGGCUGAGAACAAAUGUAAUUUAUUAACAGAUAAAAAUAAAGUCAUUGUUGUAUCUGGAAAGAAGCCAAAUGCAGUCGGCCCUAUUAAGAUUGCCAACUCUGUUGUAGAUGCAUUUGUUAUGCAAUACUAUGAAGGUAUACCAUUAGAAAAUGUAGCAUGGGGUUACUUACAAAGUUCAACAGAAUGGGAAACUUUAAUGAAAUUAAGUAGAGGCUACCAUAAUCUUAUAUUUAAUACCACACUUAUCGCUCAUGAUAUAUCGCUGCCAAUUGUUAAGUAUAUGAGGAGUUUAUUUUUAAAUAAUAUUGUACCAAAGGUGACAUUACUCAUGGGUCACGACGCUAACAUGUACACUGUACUAAAAGCUUUAAAGUUCAAACUAUACCAAUUGAUGAACCAGUAUGAAUUAACUCCGAUCGGUGGGAAGUUGGUAUUCCAAAAAUGGUUUGAUAAAAGCAAAAAUGAGUAUUUAUUAAAAGUAGAGUAUGUGUACCAAUCUUCUGAUCAAUUAAGGUUUGCAUCGGUAUUGAGUUUGAAUAAUACACCGCAGUUCCAACUGAUGCAGUUAGAUGAUUGUAAAACAGACAGUGAAGGUUUUUGUUCAUGGAAUGACUUCUUGAAGAUUUUAGAAAACAAUGAUAUUAUUCUUUGAUUUAUAUGUUGAUAAAAGUAUAGAAUAAUGAAUUUAAAAGUUAUAUUUUUUAUAACAUUUAGUUUUAUCAUGUCUCCCUAAAUGUGAUGAAAAGUGGAAAGAUCUAGUGAAUUGUUUUUUUUUAUUAUUUACUGUCUCCAAUUAUAUUUUUUAUUUAGAAAAAUGAAUGUAUGCAUUAAUUUUAAGAUGACACUAAUCUGUUUAGGUUUUUAUAAUGGUUUUAUAUCCUAGGAUUUUGAUCAAAAUACUGUUUUUAUCAUUUAAUACAUAUUUACACCUAUAUUUAGGUACAUAGCUUGUUUUAUUUGAAUAAUACAGUUAAUUUUAUAUUUACUCAAGUCUAGUCAAUAAUGUAGGUUUUUGUAUAUUAUACUUACACCCAAGUGUCACAUACUCACAUAUACAAUAAACACAACACAGCGGCUUUUAAUUGUUUAAAUUUAGCAGCUCUUUCGCGUCACGCGUACAGAAGUUGUUAUUAAAGUCCGUAAUCGGUUCCGUAGUUUUUGAAAUUUAUUUUAUCACUAAAUUAUUUUAAGA